UUUUUUUUUAAAAAAGAAAAAAAAAAAGCCUAAACUUUAUUUUUUUUUUCUUUUUCUUUUUCUUUUUUUCUUUCUUUCUCAUCUUUAUUUUUUAUGAAGUCCAUUACUGUUGUUGGAAGCGGUGUUACUGGAUUGACAACAGCAUUAUUACUUGUCGAAAAAGGAUAUAAUGUGACAAUAGUAGCAAAGCAUUUCCCUGGAGAUGACAAUAUUGAAUAUACCUCACCUUUUGCAGGUGCACAUUGGCGAACAUUGGCAUCGAACAAGGAUGUUUUAGCACAACGUUUUGAUAGCAUAGCGUAUCAAAAAUUUUUAUAUCUUGGAAGAACAAUACCUGAAGAACAAACUGGAAUCAUGAUUGCUCCAUCGUAUGACUAUUACGACACAUUGACUGAAGAUACCAAGAACCCAUGGUUUAAGAAUGUGGUUGAAGAUUUUUCCUACAUUCCUCAUACUGACUUUCCUGAUUCGACCAUUAAAGUUGGACAUCGUUAUACCACAGUUUUGAUCAAUCCUCUACAGUAUUUGCCAUGGUUAUUGAAACAAGUGGUAUCCAAAGGUGUACAACUAAAACGUCAAACAAUCAACAAUAUUCGUGAUGCCUUUACAGUGGACGAUGGUGAUGGUUGUAUCAAGUCAGUGGAUGCUGUGGUGAACUGUACAGGAUUAGGAUCACUUCAUCUCGGUGGAGUACAGGAUCAGAAACUCUUUCCAACUCGCGGACAAACAGUAUUAGUGAAAGGCAAUCAUAUCAAGAAAUCUGUCUAUUAUGUUCGUAAUGGUAUUUUUACUUAUAUUAUCCCACGAGCAGAUGGAACAAUCAUUCUUGGUGGAACAGCAGAGAAAAAUGAUUUUAAUGCACAUGUAGAUCAUUCGACCACGGAGGCCAUCCUCAAACGAACAAAAUCACUUUGUCCAGAAUUAACAAUUAAUGAUCAACCUUUGGAUAUUGUUCGAGAAGCUGUUGGAUUUAGGCCUACAAGAACAGGAGGUGUACGAAUUGAAAAUGAACGAUAUGGUAUGACAAGUGGGAAGGAUAUGAUAGUGACUCAUGCUUAUGGACAUGGUGGUUUUGGAUAUCAAUCAAGUUGGGGAUCAUCCGAAUAUAUCGUUAAUAUGGUGGAAAAAGGUUUAUAUCAACCGAAACUUUGAUGGAUAAUUGUAUUUUAUAUUUAUGUAUUUUUGAUGUCAAUAAAACAGUUACACUUUAUUCAAUA